AUGGAUUUAGAGAUUGCCCUUUUCCCGGUUGUUGAAGGACUGGCUCCACAUGCCCUUGCAGAUAAGUCAAUCAGCCUGCUAUGCCGACAAUUAGCUUUAGUCCUGCAAUUGCCAACUAGAUCAAUAGAGCAGAUAAGAUCGGUGAUAGACUCGUAUAAAAUACAAAUUUCCUAUAGUACAGAUAAUAUGUUAAGGUGGCAAAAACUACUCAACUUGUUACAGCUUUUGGUAGGCAUUGAAGGAUCUGAUGAGAUGAUCAAAUAUUUAUCUGCAUUUCAAUCUGUGUUGGUAAAUAAUUCACCAGUACGACUUCCCACAAACAUCAAUCUUCAAAAUGCGUCUGAAUCAAACAUGGGUGGAUUUGCAGUUCAAGAUAGGCUUCUGAGCCCACUAAGGCCACCAAGUCUUCAAGCAGAAUCUUUCGAAAAUCUUGAUAAGUUUUCUGACGUGAGAUCAAUGAUUUCAUCAAACAGAAAUUAUGGAGUACUCGGUGGACAUGGCUCAGUCAGCUUGGAGGCAUUAACAGAACCUUACUACUCGAAGACAAUGACAGAAGAUGAAGUUCUAAAGUUUGUGCCGUACACGUUAUUGGCAACGACGUCCGAUUUAUUUCCUUUAGAAUGGAACGACAUAAAAGUCCCUUUCAACGUUCCUAACUCAGACAGUGAGCUGCUGCAUAUCAUAUUUGAAGCUGGCUUACUUAAUCAGCAACUCAAGAGAAUAGUUGAACAAAAUAGAAAUAGCGAUAUAUCGCCUAUGAAAAAGGCUCUCAUAGUGCAAAUCGAUAAAGAGCUUAGGAAUUAUAUUGGAUUUGUGAAUGAGUUAUCAUCCUCGGGCAAACUGAAAAGUUUAAAAGCGACAUAUUUUGAAUUGUACGAUCAUCUGCUCUCUUUGAGAUUCUAUUUUAAUUUUACAAAAUCUUUUAGUACCGAAUCCGGAGACUCAUUCCUCUCAAAAUCCAGUAAACUGCAGUCUCAUGGUAACUUGCUCAUUGUAAGACUAUCCGGGGACGUCUUCCAAACUCUUUUAUCACUAUAUUUUGAGUAUAUGGUUAACUGGUUAAAUAUGGGCGAAAUAGAAACAACGUGUGGUGAAUUUUUCAUAGAGAAUACUAAUGCUGAAAAUAGUCCAAUACCUUUCGAUAUUCGCACGUCCAAAGUUCCUGAUUUUUUACCAAUUAGGGUGGCUAAAGAGAUCUUCAUCAUUGGAAAAACUUACAUCUUCUUAGCAAAUUAUUGUAAAGAGCUGGAAUGGACAAAUAAUAUUUCCAAGAAGUACACUAACCUUUACAGAGCUUUAGAUACCAAGGAAAUUACAGAUGGCUUCUUCAACAUAAUUCAUAACCACUAUCGCGAGAUUGUGAACUAUAGCCAUAAAAUAAUUCUUCAAAAGUUUUAUUACAGUAACGUAGUAGUCACAUUAAAGAAUAUCCUGCUUAUGGGAAAGGGUGAUUUGAUAGACGCUCUUAUUAAACGAGCCAGUGAAGUAUUAAUGACGCCCUCUAACUUACUUCCAAGCCAUCGAUUGACGCGAUAUUUACAGGAAGCGGUAAAACACUCUUCUCUCCGAAACAUGUUAAAUCGUGUAGACGAAAACCAUAUAAUUAAUGGGCUAGAUGCAAGAGUGCUCAAUUUAGGUCACGGGUCAGUAGGCUGGGAUAUUUUUACAUUAGAUUACAUCGUGGAUCCACCAUUAUCAAUUGUCCUAAACGUAAAUCGCCAAGGGGGCAAGAAAGAAUUUUUGAGGAUGUUUAAUUUUUUGUGGAAAUUUAAAAAGAAUGAUUACUUUUAUGAUGUAGAGUGGCAAAAGUCGAAUCAGUUAAUCAGAGAUUUCAAAAGAUUAUCCAAUUACAGACCCUUGGUCAGAGACAUUUUGACUAAAUUAUCCAAAAUUAAUAUUCUGCGAUCACAGCUGAAUCAUUUUAGUUUGAAACUGGAAUCCUACUGCUUCAAAUGUAUAAUUGAUGAGAGUUUUCAAAAAUUUGAGAAAAAAAUAAUGAUAUCUGAUGAAACUCGUAGAAAUAAUAGAAUACCGACCGUGAAACUCAAAAGUGGCCUCAUCAUGUUUGAUGGCUUGAUGAAGCCCAAGCAAGCUUUUUUGGAUAAUAUUAGUGGUAAUUUUGUUAACUGUGAGCGAAAGCAGGAGUGUUCACUCAAUAUAGAUGAGCUUGAAAAACUACACAAUCAAUAUCUUGAUUCUAUGCUAUCUCAUAAGCUGAUUGCAUCAAACACAGACAAAAAAAUUGGCUACUUUUCUGGUCAACCUUAUCCAACAUCACUUAUUCUACUAUUAGAUCAAGUUUUUGAAUUUGUUACGCAUAACGCAGCACUGAACGAUGUUGCCCAUGAGAUUCUAAUACAAUUGAAUCUGCAAAGUUCACAACAGCAGCUAAACAGUUUAUUGUCGCGAUUCAAUUCAGUGUUAAUAAAUAUCGCAUCACAGUAUAAAAAUUUCAAGGAAAACGCAUAUAUAUUCAUCAAGGAUUUGAGGUCUGAUGGUGAUGAAAACCUAGGUAGCUUAAGCAGAAUUCUGAGAUAA